UCAAUGUGAAAAUGGUGCAAAAUGCGACCAGAGCACAGGCGCAUGCACGUGUGAGCCAGGCUGGAUAGGUUCUACUUGUAACGAACCAUGCCCCAUGGGCACAUACGGAGCGAACUGCACAAAGUACUGCAUGUGUCAAAAUGGCGGACAGUGUGAUCCUGUGACUGGCCAGUGCAUCUGCCUGGGUGGUUACCAUGGUGAUAAUUGUGAAAUGGCUUGCCCACCAGGUUUCUGGGGAGAGAAAUGCCUGGAAAAAUGUCUUUGUGAAAACGGGGCCCGCUGUGACCCAGAGACUGGUCACUGUCAGUGCGGCCUGGGCUGGACUGGUCAACUGUGUGACCAGGAGUGUCCACCAGGGAAGUUUGGGGCUAAUUGCAGCAAGAGCUGUGAUUGUAUGAACGGGGCUGUCUGCCAUUCCGUCACUGGGUGUUGUCAGUGUACUGAGGGGUGGUAUGGACAGAUCUGUGAACAUGCCUGUCCCCCUGGGUUCUUUGGCAAGGACUGUAACAUGACAUGUGACUGUCAGAAUGGCGCCAGGUGUAACCACGUCACAGGCCAGUGCACCUGUGUGCCUGGAUACUUUGGUGACAAGUGUGAAAAAGUUUGCCCCAAAGGUCGCUAUGGGAUGAACUGUUUAGAGAAGUGUGAGUGCGGGGAGGAUGGAGAAUGUGACCCACUCACGGGAGAGUGCAAGUGUGCGCCAGGACAUGCAGGACUUGGCUGUUUAAGUUCAUGUCGGAGAGUUCACUAUGGUCCAAACUGUCAGUUAACAUGUAACUGUGGGCAAAGUGACUACUGCGACUCCGUGUCUGGCAAGUGCAUAUGUCAGAAAGGAUGGGUGGGGGCUAACUGUGAUACUCCUGCAGGAAACGGGGAACGAUUUAGACGAGGACCACAGCGGGGAGACAUUCCUGGACAUCUUGGGGGAUAAGCUACAGUAGUGACACCUAUACUUUGAAAAUUAGGACCAUUUUCAGUGCAGAAAACAAGCCACAGUAGUGAAAUAUUGGCCAGCAGGUUAUAACAAUGUAUACUGGGACUUCAUGGAGAAGCAGCAGAUAUUUUUCAUACAGGAAACAUUAAAUGAAGGAAGUCAUAACUUCUUCUUUGAGGUGCAGCUGACUUGAGAAAAUCAGCAGUUUCUCACGGGAAGUAUUGAAAGCAAGAAGACACGAGUUACAACAUAAAGUGCAUUUGCAUUGAAAAGCUGUGAAAACUUUUUGUGUUUGAAAAUGUGUGACCAUUAACUUUGGUCUCUGGUAUGCCGUUUACUUUGAGAUCCAUGUGUGACAUGGAAGAGACAUGCAAGCACAGUUUAAAAAGGGACUCUCUUGUACAUAAGUGACACCUACAGAUGUGAUGGACAUGCACUGGUGACCCCUAUAGUUCAGAUAAACUAAGCAAGAGGAACCUUUUGGUGCAUAUU